AGUACCAAAUUGCAGGACUGACUACACUUUGGGAACAUCAUUUGAUUUUUCACUUCUUAUAGAAUUCACCACGUUCUGUGAAGUGCGUCGUGCAAGAUGCGACAAGGCCUCUUGCAACCCAUUCCACUUCUAUUACACACUAUAUGCCGUGCUUUUAGUAACAUCUCAUGUCGUCGAAAAAAAAAACGUUCGCCUGGAAACGGACAUGAACGUCCAGUCAGUAAUCCAGGCGCCACAACGUUUCUUCCAUCCUCCACCCUCUGCUGCGUGCAUCACAUUGGAAUCCGGCGUCAUAGCUCGCUAGGGUCACACACCUGCUCCAGCUUGACCCGAACCCUCAUCGUUGAACUCCAGACUCGGCUCCCUGUGCAAUGUCAUAAAAUCCCGCGUCGGGAGAGGGGCCGUACGUGAAUUGUUUGUCAAUUCUGCAGGAGGCUCUGUAGCGGAUCUUUUGCCGGUUCUUACUGGGACAAGAUAGAAGGAUAAGCCCGUCGCUUCGGGGAACUAUGGUGCAAGUAGACGCGAAUCAGAACGACGUCGCACCACGUAUAUGCAAGGCUCACCACGCUGGCAAAACUGUAAUAAGCGGCGCUCC